AUGACAACGCAACAACCAUUGAUGAGAAAUACGCCUUCUUCAAGCUCACAUCGACUUCCUACUUCAUCAAACAUACCCAGUCCUUCACCUUCACACCAUCAUCAUAGUAAUAACAACUCACAACAGCAACAACAGCAACCACAAUCCAGCUCCAUUAAUCCAGGAUGGAAUACAAACCCGUUUUCAUAUCCUGAGAUCGAUCCAUUAUCCACCAUAGCACCGAAUCAAACGAACAUUCACAAUGAAACACACCACCAACAUCGAAAACAAUCGCCAUCUACAUCCUCGUUAAUUGAUAAUGGCAAAUCUGGUUCAAACAAUUUGAGAAAGGAUGAACUACAUGCUAAGUGA